AUGAAGGCCGAAUUCCAGGUUACCACGACCCCGACUGCGGACACGCCGGGCACCGCUAUCUUCUUGGCUUAUCCCGACAAACGUUACUUCUUUGGCCAAAUAUCACCAGGCCUGCAGCGCGCAUGUAUUGAACGUGGCGCUAAGCUUGUUGGUUUGACCGAUGUCUUCAUCACGGGUCGAACAGAAUGGGCCAACACUGGUGGUCUAAUUGGUGUCAUUUUGACCAUGGCGGAUGCUCUUGCAUCUGCCAAUGCUGCCUUGGAAGAAGAGAAUCGCAAGAAGGCCAUUCGAAAAUCACUCGCCGAGGCUCUUCCUAAAGGGAAGCAGCCUCCUGUCGCUUUAGAGCAACACUUGUAUAAAGGCCAACUCACACUUCAUGGUACAGACAAUCUGACUCACACCUUGGCCACUGCUCGGCGAUUCGUAUUCCGAAAGGGAAUGCCCAUUUUUACGAAAGAGUACAAUACCGAAAGCAUCGCUGCCCGGUGUCGCGAUAGCGAGACCGAAGAUCCAUUUGAAAAGCCUUCGUGGUCCGAUCAUAACAUCAAAGUAUGGGCGAUGCCCAUCAGAGCCCCCACCUCCCCAACGACGUUGAACCCGCCCACUCAGCCGCGACCACAGAGCCCUCGAAAGCGUAGCCUAGAUGAAUAUAGAGAAACCACUUCAGCUGGGACCAUUCUCACUCAGCCUGCUAGUGACUUGCUGGUACGACAGGCUAUUGUGACAGACAUGUUUAACUCGACCUGGAAGAUGGAUGCCCUGGUAGAGACACCUAUUGCAGACGUCAAUAUGCCCGCUGCGAUGUUUGUUCGAAACCCUGAGACCAAAGAUAUGGAGCCUUAUAAUGGUCCAAAGCCAGGAGAGAGCCAGCCGUUGCCCGACAUCAAAGUAUUCGUUCGACAACCCUGGCCUGGCGCAAAGGUUGAAACUCUACCCCCUACGUCACCUUCAAGGGAAGCGCUUUGCUAUAUCGUUCGAAGCCAUGAUACACGUGGUAAAUUCGAGCCAAAGAAGGCCAAGGAGCUGCGGGUGAAAAUGGGACCCGACUUUGCUCGUCUGACAAAGGGAGAGAGCGUUCUGUCAGAAGACGGCAAGACAAUUACUGCAGAUAUGGUGUUGGGACCAACCAGAUUGGGCUCCGGGACUGCUAUUAUGGAUGUCCCAUCAGUGGAAUAUGUGGAGUCAGUGGUGAAUCGGCCUGAAUGGAAAUCACCAGCUGUAACAACUGGCCUCAAGACUUUCAUCUGGAUUCUAGGUCCGGGGGUGGGAGAUCACCCUAAGCUUCGCCAAUUCGUGGCAGAUAUGUCUCACUGCGAGCAUACAGUGUCUAGCACUGAUUAUUGCCCUAAUUAUCUGGCGCUUUCCGGCGCCGCUCAAGCUGCAAUUCGACUAGCUCGACUUAAGCGUGAUACCUACUCAAUUCCCGUUCAUAACAACGUGACCCUCCCCCAGAACAGGGCUAUAAUUCCUAAUACUCCUUCAAAUCCAGCUGCAACUAAAGACGCUCCGUUUGAGCCGCUUGAGCCGGGGCUUGUCAUCGAUGUGGAACCUAUCUACAAAAUAAACAAAGGACUGGUUGUUCCUCAUUUGAAUACAGCGCAAACGGUCUUCAAUAUCCCUAAAUCAGUUGAGCAACGAAUGUCAACUAUUCGGGAACGUGUCGCUAAACCGCUAUUCAAGGGUCAAUUGGAGGAGUUUAGAAAGGAUCUUCCUGGGGGAGAUGCUGAAGUUAUCGCCCUUGGAACAGGCUCUUCGGCCCCCUCAAAGUACCGCAAUGUCUCUGCCACCUUGGUAUAUGCCCCCGGAUCUGGCUACUAUCUACUAGAUUGCGGUGAGAACACUUUGGGUCAACUGGAGCGAGUGUUCGAGCCAGAGCAGCUGCGCGAGGUUCUUCGAAAUCUCCGUAUGAUAUGGAUUAGCCACCUGCACGCUGAUCACCAUCUUGGUACGAUCUCAGUCAUUAAGGCCUGGUAUCACGAAAAUUAUGGCGCUGAUGCCAAACCAACAAAUCCACCUGAAACGGACCUGAACAAAAUUUUGCAAGAAAAGCGUCUUGUUUUGGUCUCCGAUGAAAUGAUGGUCACAUGGCUUGAAGAGUAUGCAUCAGUUGAAGAUUUUGGCGCUGAUAAGCUCAUUUCUCUUUCUGCGCACCCCGAAAUUUCUCAGAGCUCCAUUGUUACUAAGUUCACCCACCGUCAUAUCAAGAAUGGUGCGCCUCCGUUUGGACUGCAUGCGCCAGACAGAACAAUUCUUGAUUUCAACGACGACUCGUCCCCUCUCACAGCGCUUCUCAAAUCAGCCACAGGCCUCACAGACCUUCUUACCGCACAAGUAAAACACUGCCGUGGAGCACUCGCCGUCUCUUUUGUAUUCCCAGAUGGAUUCAAGGUUUCUUACUCAGGUGACUGCAGACCGUCAGACAAGUUUGCAGCCAUCGGUCAGGACUCCACCAUCCUUAUCCACGAGGCGACUUUCCAAGAUGACAUGAUUGGCUCUGCCCUUGCAAAGCGCCACUCAACGUCCGGCGAGGCCCUGGAAGUCGGCCGUCGCAUGGGAGCUCGUACUGUACUCCUAACACAUUUCAGUCAGCGGUACGCCAAGAUUGCUCGGUUUGAAAACAACGCCGGAGGGGGAGUUCCCGGUAUCUCGCCCAAGAAGGCCGCUGCCACCAUAAAGCCCGAAGAUGCUGAUAUCCCCUUCGACGAUCCGGAAGAUGAGCCUGGUGUUUCGGCAUCUGCCGCCAAGCUCCUGGAUGACAUCCGCUUCCCGUCUAGGGACCGACCUGCUCUCCCCCACAGGCCACUUCCAACUCCCAAUAUGGGUGCGCCUGUUGCUGCUGCUAUGGAUUACUUUCGUGUUAAGAUUCGAGAUUUUCCCUUGGCGCAGGCUUUCGCUCCAGCCUCGGAGAAGCUUAUCGCGGUACUUGAACGCCACAGCGAGCAAGUAUCUGCUGUCAACAAGAAAAAAGUCCAAGACGAUGAAAAGGCUCAGAAGGUCAAGAAGAGUGCUAAGUUUACUGGAAAGAAAGCUGCUGCUGCUGCAGCGGCAGCUGCGGCAGUGGCUGUCACCGAUAAUGCACAGACUGAAGAGGAGAAGCCCGAAGAGAUAAUCGAUCCGGAAGCUGUGUUCCUUGCCAGCGAAAGUGAAGCCGGGUGGGAAACAAGUGAUGCUGAAGAUUCCCAUGAAGUUUAA